UGACGCUAAUUCCAUAUCUUUUCAAGUUUUGUUUGUAGUUUUAAUGCUCAAAUGGAGUUCCCUUGCAUGUAGCUAGAUCUAGAUAUCCGAGGUGUGGAUUUUUCAUUUGGAGCUCAAUUUACCUCAAACUUUUGGAUGAGGUUAAGUUAUUUAAGUAGGAGAAUAAUAUUAUCUAAUCAUUUGGACUCAUUUUUUAUGUUUUAGACUCAUUUCGUUACCACUUUCAACCCCUUGUCAACUUAUGUGUGUGUCUAUUAUUUUUUUAGUGUAGGGGUUUAUUUGUAAUAAGAGUCUUUUGUAAAUAUAGUGAUUGAGGCUCAUCCCAAUAGAAUUUUUCUGGACAACAUGAAAAAUUUUAAAGACUUAUCUAGUAGGGGAGAUAGGACCCAAAACUAGCUAGGCUCCUCUAAUGGAAUGGUGCAACCAACAUUCAAUACUAUACUAUUUCUAUUUAAUUAAUCCAAAUGGCGCAGCCGCCGGCUCUUCCUAAAUUUAUGGAUAAUUUGUUCGUUUGGAUUUGCUUUGGUCUAUUUAUUCCCAAAGUUACAAAAUCUGAUAUCUUUAUUAUUUGAAAUUUCAGGUUGUGGAGAGAUUCCGGGCACUACCCACACAAACUCUUCGUGAAUAUUCCAGAUUUACCGAUUUAUACAAGGAUCUUAGUGUCCUAGAGCAUGUACUUGAGGGAAGCGAGAAACCAAGUAAACUGCCAUAUCCACUUUUUCAGUUCAUCACCGAGAACUUUUCUGAUGACCGAAGGAUUGGUCAUAAUGAACUCGGAGAAUAUUUCAAGGGCGUCAUGCAGGUCGUUGCGGUGACAAAGGUUCAUGGGAGCCUCAAUAUUAGUGAUGUGAUAUUUCAUCACCAGAUUGGAAAGAUGAUGACGGCUAAGCACCCAAAUAUAAUACGGUUUCUAGGCUACUGUUCUGAUGUAGCAGAACAAGAGUUAGUAAUGGAUGGGGAAGUUACCACUGCUGAGAAAUGGGAAAGAUUGCUCUGUUUCGAGUAUUUAAGCAACGGAAACCUUAGCAAACAUAUAUCUGAUGAGUUAAGUGGACUUGAAUGGCAUACUCGUUAUCAGAUAAUUAAAGGAAUCUGUGAGGGUUUAUCUUAUCUUCACAAGGAGAAGUUUAUUGUUCACAUGGACCUCAAACCUGCUAGUAUCCUACUAGAUGAUGACAUGGUUCCAAAGAUUACAGAUUUUGGUAUAUCAGAAAUCUUCCGGUUUCAAGGAAUUAUCACUCUAAUUUCCCAGCCCACAGGUGGAAACAUAACACUGCAAAGUGAAUAUUCUGCUCCAGAAAUAAACUUUGGUGGUUCUAUAACGUCACGUAAAGUAGACAUUUAUAGUCUGGGUGUCAUAAUCAUAGAGUUGGUGACUGGAAGUAAGAAGAAGCCUAGUAUUGCUAAUCAGGUACUUAGAAGAUGGGAACAGCGGUGGAACGGAUCAUCAAAGUGUACACCAUUGAGGCACCAAGUGAUUAGAUGCCUGGAAUUGGCAGAAAGCUGCUUGAACAAAGAUCCGAACAGAAGACCUUUUGCAUGGGAUAUAAUCCAUGAGCUCAACAAAAUGGUUAACGAAGCCAAUGCAUAUAGAUGAUUAGGGUAUCUUAUCACAUCAACAUCCGCGAGACAAUUUGAUAGGUGGGGAUUAUGAUGUUGUGUAAUCCGUCUUCUCUCGCAAAUAAACCCUUGCUUGGAGAACAUAUUUCAAAUUACAUUUUUAUAGCUUCCGAUAAGAAAUUUACAUUUUCUAAUUUGGCAAAUGUGUUUCUAGUGUUUUGUGCUAUUCCUAAUCACUAGCAGAACUGGAUAUAAUAAAUUGAGAUGUGCACCAUUAUAUGAUUCUGAUCUACAAGCACAUCUGCACAUAUAUGUAACCAGAAUGAUACAUCAUGUUUUCACCCUCAA